AAGCAGCUGGCAAUGACGGACAGGCUGUCCUAGAGGGGGAGCCUGAGCACGUGAGCAUGCACACUGAAGCGUCGAGCUUCACACCUCAGCAGGCCUCCGAGGAGGCGGUCCCGGGCGUGGGCCCUAUACCGGAAGCCAUCCCUAUCGUCCAGCCGCAGUUCGUGGCUAACUUCAUGAACUUCCUCCAGUAGAUGGCUGGAGCUUACGUGCCACCACCACCGCCACCAAUGGCGGUGGUCCCCAUCGAGAAGCUCCGGAAGAAUGGAGCUGAGGAAUUCUUGGGCGAUCAGAUCGCCGACCCCAUGAUUGCCAAACGGUGGUUUGAGCGAACCAUCCGAGUGUUGGGGAACCUGAGGGUUCCACAGGAGCAGCGUGGCGACCUCGCAGUCGCAUUACUUCAGGAUUCCGCCUACGACUGGUGGAAGCGUGUGGGAGCACACAAGUUUGACGAGCUCGCGGGGUUUAGGCAAGACCUCGUACCGACCGUGGAGAAGCGAUGCAAACGCUUCGUGGAGGGUUUACGUCCCGACCUUUCGACCCAUCUGAUCAUUGCUCCCCGGAGUGACAUCAACGCGUUGUACAAAAAUGCGUUGGAUUUGAAUGCGGCCCUCAUCAAGAAGGCUGAGUAUGAGCAGACGCUAGGAGCGUCAACGGCACCAUCUCGUCCUCCUCCACCCCAGAAGGCGGGGACCAGCAGCAAGAGGUCCUUUACAGCGCCGAGCAGCUCUCACCAGAGCAAGAAGCAGCAGAUAGCCUCAGCCCAGAGUAGUGAUGAUUUCUCUAUCGAGACCGUUGAGCUCGUCUCUCGAGGAGAGAAGCCGGAUUUUGCAGUUCGGGAUGGCGGUCAAAGAAAGCGUUCCCGCACUAGCAAGAACGUUGCUUCCUCCUCGGCUCCUCCUCCACCACCGGCGCACAAGUACCUCGAUGGGUCGUUCCUUUGGUUCAACAACUGCGCAGAGGUGACGCGGUUCUCGGAGAAGUUUGAACACCGGGAAAUUCUCCCUCCCCGAUUCUCCACCGCCCGCUUCAUUCAUGACUCCAUUCCACGUGAGGCACGGGUUAUCCUCGAACGUGGAAACUUCCUCAACCUCCUCUACAUCAAGAAGGUCAAUUAUCACCCCUUUCUUGUUCGAGCUUUCUACUCGAACUUGAAAAAGGAUGAGGACGGAGCGUUGAUCUCUAACGUCAACGGGGUGGACAUCUAUUUGAAUGAGGAAAACAUUCAAAUUCUCACAGGGCUUCGUCGGGACGGACAGGAUCUCGGGCUCUACGUCGGAGAAGAAGGAGCGCGGUUCAAUGAGACCGCUCUCUUGGAGGAAGUGGGCAUCCGACACUUCGUCCCCACUCCCCAACAGCGGCGCCCUACGAUUGCUUCCAUGAGUCCCGUGUUUCGAUUCAUUUUUUAUGUUUUGACACGGAUUCUCAAGCCUAGGAAGUUCAACCACACCACUCUCUCCCAAGAAGACACGAAGACGAUCCAUGCGAUGAUUCACAACGCCAAUAUCAAUUGGUGUAAAUUUGUGAUGAUCCACAUGUUCAACGCCACCUUCGACAACCGGCCGCUCCCCUACGCCCUCCUCGUCAUGGCGAUUCUUGAAGAGUAUAACAUCAAAACCGAUGUUGGGCCAAAGAUAAAGGGGACAAAGCAUUGGGAGAUUGAUGAAUCCUCUUUCCACUCAGGCACCGACGAGACUCCGUUUCGACAGCCUCGUCCACGCCGCCAACCAAGAGCCACUGCCUCAACUGCCACCACUUCGACCAAUCCUUCUCUCGCCGAGCAAAUGGCAGCCUUGACCGCCACUCUCUCUUGGAUUGACACCAACGUCUCCAAAACGUCACACAAUGUCAAUACAUUAAGCCGUGAACUUCAUGGGUAUUUUGACUUUGUCAAUUACCCGUACGCUCAAAUGGUCCCUUACGUUCCUCCACCGAAUUUUGGAGGUGAACAGAGUGGGACUCAAAACGUUGGUAGAAAUGAAGAGGUGGACGAUGAGGAAGAGGAAGAAGAAGCCGAUGAUGAUGACGAUGAUGAUGGCGAUGCUGAUACGGUCACACUUGAUGAGAAUCUUAAGUAUGAGGAGGAGCCGGUCGAGAUUCUGGCUCGUGAGGCCCGUCAGUUGAGGAACAAAACCAUUCCACUAGUCAAGGUUCUGUGGAGAAGUCACACUGUCGAGGAGGCGACAUGGGAAACCGAGGAAUCCAUGCGCACUCGUUAUCCAAAUCUUUUCAGUGACCUGUGCUCAGGGCUUCGUCGGGACGGACAGGAUCUCGGGCUCUACGUCGGAGAAGAAGGAGCGCGGUUCAACGAGACCGCCCUCUUGGAGGAAGUGGGCAUCCGACACUUUGUCCCCACUCCCCAACAGCGGCGCCCUACGAUUGCUUCCAUGAGUCCCGUACUUCGAUUCAUCUUCUAUGUGUUGACACGGAUCCUCAAGCCCAGGAAGUUCAACCACACCACUCUCUCCCAAGAACACAUGAAGACGAUCCAUGCGAUGAUUCACAACGCCAAUAUCAAUUGGUGUAAAUUUGUGAUGAUCCACAUGUUCAACGCCACCUCUGACAACCGGCCGCUCCCCUAUGUUCUUCUCGUCAUGGCCAUCCUUGAUGAGUACCACAUCAAGACGGACGUCGGGCCGAAAUGCAAAGGGACGAAGCAUUGGGAGAUUAGCGAGUCUUCCUUCCACCCGGGAACCGAUGAAGCUACGUUCCCACAGCCUCGUCCUCGCUGCCAACCGAGAGCCACUGCCUCAACCGCCACCACUUCGACCAAUCCUUCUCUCGCCGAGCAAAUGGCAGCCUUGACCGCCACUCUCUCUCGAAUUGGCACCAACGUCUCCAAAACGGCACACAACGUCAAUAUCUUGAGCCGUGAGCUUCACGGGUAUUUUGACUUUGUCAAUUACCCGUACGCUCAAAUGGUCCCCUACGUUCCUCCACCGAAUUUCAGAGGUGAACAGAGUGGGACUCAAAACGUUGGUAGGGACGAUGCGGUGGACGAAGACGAAGAAGAAGAAGAAGCCGAUGAUGAUGAUGAUGAUGAUGAUGAUGGCGAUGGUGAUGAAGAUGAAGAAGAAGAAGACAUUGGCGAAGAACAACGUCUCAAUGAUCUUUCCCCGGAUUUCUAGAGCUCUAGCUCUACUUUCUUCUCGUCCUUAUUUUAUCAUCUUUUAAUAUGCUUUCAUUAUGUACUCCGCUAUUUCCCUUAAUUAAUAAAAAUCUUUAUGGUUU